CUUGAUUUAACGCUGUCACUGAGGCACAUAUUUUUUUCAGGCAUCUAAUUAAUUAGUUAAUUAUUCUGUUUUAAUACGUGUUAGUGCUGAGUGGGCAGUUUCUGUUGCUUGGACGUAGGAUGAAAAAGAAGCUGAUUCUGGAUGUGGACACGGGGGUGGAUGAUGCCCAGGCCAUCAUGAUAGCCCUGGCCGCCCCCAAUGUGGAGAUAUUGGGGAUAACCUGCUCCCAUGGCAACACCACCCUGGAGAACGUCCUGAAGAACACGCUCCGGGUUCUGAAAGUCUGCAACAGACUGGAUAUUCCAGUGUACGCCGGAUGCUCCGAGCCGUUGCUGUCCAACGAGAGACACGCCAGCUAUUUCCACGGAAAAGACGGGCUGGGGGACGUUCCUGAUCCAGAUGCUCCAGGACUGGAACUGGUGCAGGAGAAAAAAGGUGUCCAGGCUUUAGUGGAAAUGAUCGAACAAAACCAAGGCGAGGUGACUCUGGUGGCCACGGCACCUCUGACCAACCUCGCCGUGGCCGUGCAACUGGACCCUUCCCUUCCCAAGAAGCUCAAGGCUCUCUACAUCAUGGGAGGCAACAUCGAGUCCAGGGGGAACACCACCAUAUGCGGGGAGUUCAACUUUGUGGUCGACACGGAGGCCGCCUACAUCGUGUUGGAGCGCUACACCUGCCCCACCUACAUCGCCUCCUGGGAGUUCACCUGCAGGAACAGCCUGCCGUGGAAAUCCAAGUCUGCAGAAUAUCAGAAAAAAAAUUCUGCGGGAAAAGGGUUCAGUGCUUGCGACACCUACGCUUUGGCCGCCGCCGUGGAUGACACACUCAUCACAGACAGCGAGGAGGUGGCAGUGACGGUGGAGUUGCAAGGGGCCAGCACCCGGGGCAUGAUGGUGCUGGACUACAUGGAACUGCUGAAGAAGAAACACAAAGCCGUCAUCAUGAAAAAAGUGGACUUGGAGAAGUUCAAGCAGAUGCUUAGGAGGGCAGUGAUGUAGGAGGCAGGAAGCACGCUGGAGCUACUGUAGCAAGACCAAUAA